AUGGCUAGGCGCGAUGGCAACGGGAGCGCCCAACUGACGCAGAAAGGGGGGGAAGCGGGGAGCGGAGAAGGAAAGGAGAAAGGACAUCAACGCUCCGAGCCCCCGAGGAUAGCUCUGCUCUCCCUCCGUCAGUUCUUGAUGCAUGAGGGCUGCUGGCAUGACGUAAAAGCGCUGCACCUGUCCCUGGUGUUUUCCCAAAAGCAUGGCUUGCUGGUUUUCAUCCAUAAAUCCCUGGGCAUAGAGGAGUUUCGAGAUUGCAGGGAAGAAGCAUUGAAGUUUCUUUGUGUCUUUAUGGAAAAAGUUGGUGACAAAGUUCAUCCUUAUGCCUGUAAUAUUAAGCAAACUUGUAUUAGUGUUUAUACAAAAGAGAGAGCAGCAAAAUGUAGAAUCCCAGCUCUGGAACUUCUGAUUAAGUUGCUCCAAAGUUUACGACGUUCCUGUCUGAUGGAAGAAAUGAAAGUUUCAGAGAUAUUUAAUAAAUUUUAUGGGGAACUUGCCACAAAAAGUAGAAUUCCUGAUACAGUACUGGAGAAGAUUUAUGAGCUUUUGGGAGUUUUGGGAGAGGUCCAGCCUAGUGACAUGAUUAACAACUCUGAAAAACUAUUCCGAGCUUAUUUGGGAGAGCUUAAAACACAGAUGACAUCAGCUACAAGGGGACCCAAGCUACCUGUUGUAGUAGGAUGUCUGAGGGGACUGGGUGCACUCAUGUACAACUUUACCAAAUCUGUGGAUGAAGAUCCUCAGACUGCAAAGGAGAUUUUUGAUUUUGCAAUGAAGGCAAUCAACCCACAGGUUGAUCAGAAGCGAUACGCAGUACAUCUAGCUGGUUUACAGUUGUUCAGCUGGCACGCUGCUCAGUUUGGUACCUUACUCCUGGACAACUAUGUCUCCCUCUUUGAAGCAAUGUGUAAAUGGUGUGGCCACACAAACCAGGAGCUGAAGAAAAUGGGUCAUUCUGCACUAGAUUCAUUCCUUAAGCAGAUUUCUUUGAUGGUAGCUAAGGAUGCAGAGCUACACAAGAGCAAGUUGCAGUUCUUCAUGGAGCAGUUCUAUGGAAUCAUCAGAAGAAUGGAUUCAAGCAGCAAAGAGUUGUCCAUUGCCAUUCGUGGAUAUGGGCUUUUUGCAGCACCCUGUAAAGCUAUACAUUCUAAGGAUGUUGAUGAUAUGUAUGUUGAGCUCCUUCAGCGUUGUAAGCAAAUGUACCUCACAGAAGCAGAAACAAUAGAUGACCAUCUGUACCAGCUACCAAGUUUCCUCCAGUCCAUCGCAAGUGUGAUAUUCCAUAUAGAUACAAUUCCUGAAGUGUACACUCCCGUUCUUGAACAUCUAGUUGUGCUGCAGAUCAAUAGCUUUCCACAAUACAGUGAAAAAAUGCAGUUAGUCUGUUGCAGAUCUAUAGUAAAGAUAUUUUUAGCCCUCUCAGGAAAAGGUCCAGUUCUCUGGAGUUUUAUUAGCACUGUGGUGCAUCAGGGAUUAAUCAGAAUCUUCUCCAAGCCAAUCAUGUUUUCGAAGGAUUUUUUUAGAAAAGAAACUUCUGGAUCGGAAGACUUACGUGAAGCUGCAGGAGUUGGGACAGGGAGAUGGAAAGUACCAACAUAUAAGGACUAUCUGAAUCUCUUCAGAAGUCUACUGAACUGUGACACAAUGAAGGAAUGUGUUUUUGAAGAUGAAAACUUUCUUACUGCAAAUUCACCACUGCAGUCUCUGAAUCGCUUGCUCUAUGAUGAACUUAUAAAAUCUGUUUUGAAGAUUAUUGAGAAGUUGGACCUGACUGUUCAGAAACUGGAUGUUAAUGAACAGGAUGAAAAUGAAACGGACAGUGCUUUGGUUGGGCCUACUUCUGACCCUGCUUCAAACCUUCAGCCAACAAAGCCAACAGACUUUAUCGCCUUUAUAAAUCUAGUGGAAUUCUGCAGAGAGAUACUUCCGGAGAAGCAUGUUGAAUACUUUCACCCUUGGGUAUAUUCCUUUGGUUAUGAGCUUGUUAUACAUUCAACAAGACUACCUCUUAUUAGUGGAUUCUACAAGCUGCUUUCUGUUACAAUGAAAAUUGCCAAGAAAAUAAAAUACUUCGAGGGUGUCAGUCCAAGGAGUCUCAAAAAGUGUCCUGAAGACCCAGAAAAGAGGUCUUGCUUUGCCCUGUUUGUAAAGUUUGGAAAAGAGGUUGCAGCAAAAAUGAAACAAUAUAAGGAUGAAUUGUUGGCAUCCUGUCUGAAUUUUUUGCUCUCUUUACCACAUGACAUCGUCAUGCUUGAUAUCAAAGCUUAUAUUCCUGCACUGCAGAAUGCAUUUAAGCUGGGUCUUAGCUGUACCCCAAUGGCUGAUCUGGGACUGGAUGCUUUGGAAGACUGGUCAGCUCACAUCCCCAGACAUAUAAUACAACCUCACUACAAGGAUGUUCUGCCUCUUCUUGAUGGUUAUUUGAAAAAUUCUACAUCUACAGCUGAAUCCCAGAAUAACUGGGAAGUAAAGAAACUUUCUCGAGCAGCCCAGAAGGGGUUUAAUAAAGUUGUGAUACAGCGUUUAAGAAAAGCAAAGACUUUUUCAUUGGAUGACAGUCCCUCCUUGGAAGCAGUAAGGACUAGAGUGGCACGCCUUCUUGGAUCUUUGGGAGGGCAGAUCAACCACAACUUAAUUACAGCUACCUCUGCAGAAGACAUGAUGAAGAAAUGUGUAUCCUGGGACACUGAGAAGCGUCUGAGCUUUGCUGUACCAUUUGCAGAUAUGAAGCCUGUCAUCUACUUGGAUUUAUUCUUGCCUCGUGUGACUGAACUGGCUCUUUCUGCAAGUGACAGACAAACAAAAGUUGCAGCUUGUGAGCUGCUACACAGCAUAGUCACCUAUAUGUUGGGGAAAGCAUCUCAGAUGCCAGAAGGACGUCAAGGUCCCCCACCCAUGUAUCAGUUACAUAAGCGAAUAUUUCCAGUACUGCUUCGUCUUGCUUGUGACGUAGACCAGGUAACAAGACAGUUGUAUGAGCCUUUAGUCAUGCAACUCAUUCACUGGUUUACGAACAACAAAAAAUUCGAGAGUCAAGAUACGGUGGUGUUCCUAGAAGCUAUCUUGAGUGGCAUAGUGGAUCCAGUUGACAGCACUUUAAGAGAUUUCUGUGGUCAAUGCGUACACGAAUUUUUGAAAUGGUCUAUUAAGCAGACAACGCCAAGACAGCAGGAGAAAAGCCCAGCAAACACCAAGUCUCUUUUCAAGCGCUUGUAUAGUCUUGCUCUUCAUCCCAGUGCUUUCAAGAGACUGGGUGCAGCACUUGCUUUUAACAACAUCUACAGAGAAUUUAGGGAAGAAAAUUCUUUGGUGGAGCAGUUUGUAUUUGAAGCGUUGGUUGUAUUUCUGGAAAGUCUAGCCUUAACACAUACAGAUGAGAAAUCAUUAGGUACCACUCAACAAUGUUGUGAUGCUAUUAAUCACCUGAAGCGCAUAAUCAAGCAUAAAGCGCCUUCUCUGAACAAGGAAGGAAAACGGCGAGUACCACGAGGAUUUCCAGCUGCUAAGUCAGUGUGUCUUCUGGACGUUGUCAUGUGGCUCUUAGUGCAGUGUGGACGACCUCAGACCGAGUGCCGACAUAAAGCCAUGGAGCUCUUCUAUGAAUUUGUUCCUUUGUUACCAGGAAACAUGUCUCCAUCUUCUUGGCUGGCUGAUGUUCUAAAAAACAGAGACAUUUCUUUUCUCAUUAAUAAAUUUGAAGGAGGUGGCAGUGAUGCCAAAAGUCCAUCUGGGAUCCUUUCUCAGCCAACUCUCUGUGGUAUGCAGGAGCCCUUCAGUUUACAGACUGUCAUGCGGUGGAUGGAUAUGUUCUUAGCAGCACUGGACUGCUACAAUACAUUUUUUGAGCUACGUAUGAUCAAACCUCACGAAAUACUGGGUGGAAAUGAAAGAUCCUCAUUCUUGGAAGCUGUGCAGUUCUUCCUUGAAACUAUUGCUUUGCAUGAUAUCCACGCAGCAGAGCAGUGCUUUGACUGCAGUUCGAAAGGCAGCAUGUUCAGUCCCCAAGAGAGAGAUGCGUAUAAUUACAGCAAGUGUACAAUUAUUGUCCGAAUCAUGGAGUUUGUCACCAUGAUCCUGGAAACCUGCCAGCAGGAUUUCUGGAAGCUACUUGAGAAGGAAUUGCUUAAUGCAACCCUUAUAGAGCUUCUGGUGAUGACAGUGUGUGAUCCAUCACACAUCGGCUUUAACACUGCUGAUGUGCAAGUCAUGAAAAAUCUCCCAGAUAUCUCAGUAAGACUCAUGAAAGCUUUGAUGAAAUCUCCCUAUAAGGAAUCUUUGAAACUGUGCAUAAAGAAAAGAAUAACACUGCAGAGCCUUGAGGACCUUUGUUCUGUUGAUCUGUUUAAUUCAGAUGCACGUUUUGAUCAAGUUAGGUUUAGUGCUGUCCUUUCUGCCUGCAAGCAACUCCAGAAGUCCGGCCUGCUUCAAUCUGUUCUUCACAAUCAGGAUGAAGGGCAUUUCUCAGUUGGCUCUAAGCUUCUUUCAGUUGUUUAUAAAGGUAUUGCACAUGGGGGUGAAAGGAUACCUCUUCCAUCAUUAGACAUCAGCAGUAAGCGAUUAGCUGACAGACUCCUGCAGCUAGCCUUUGCUAUUGAUGACCAGUGUGAAGAGCUAGUAAGUCUGCUGUUGAACACGGUGGUGUUAUCUGUGCCGUUAUCAGGAGCAUCCCAGAAGAACCUGAUCAAUUUCUCUCAUGGACAGUAUUUCUACAGCCUCUUCUCAGAAACCAUCAAUCGACAGCUGCUGAAAAACCUGGAUGUGGUCAUAGUCCAGCUUAUGGAAUCAUCUGUCAGCAAUCCCCAAAUGGUUGGCAGCAUUUUGAACGGCAUGUUAGAUCAGAGUUUUAGGGAGCGUACCAUACGCAAGCAGCAAGGAGUGAAACUGGUCACGGCUGUACUAAGAAACUGGAGGAAACUUGACAGCUGGUGGGCCAAAGGCUCAGCUCCCGAUAGCAAAAUGGCAGUCUUAACCCUGCUGGCAAAAGUUCUCCAGAUAGAUUCCUCAGUUUCUUUCAAUACCAAUCAUGAAGCAUUUACAGCUGUUUUUAAUACCUAUACCAGCCUACUUACUGACCAGAACUUAGGCUUAAAUCUUAAGGGUCAAGCAGUGAUAAUUCUUCCGUUCUUCACUAAUUUGACUGGAGAAAAACUUAAUGAGCUUAAGAAUGCUCUUGAUCAGUUUGUUGCUUUCAGUUUUCCCAUGAGGUCAGAUGAGUUUCCCAAAGGAACCUUGAGGCACAAUAACUAUGUAGACUGCACUAAGAAGUUUUUAGAUGCAUUAGAAUUGUCUCAGAGUCCAAUGCUGUUGCAGUUAAUGACAGAAAUCCUCUGUAGGGACCACAGACAUUUCAUGGAAGGCUUAUUUCAAGCCAGCUUCAAAAGAAUUUCCAGAAGGAGCACCACUGACAAACAAGUGAUACUGUUGGACACUGUUCACAAAAUGUUCCAGAGUGAAGACCUUCUUUCAAAUACUACCCGUCAAGCGUUUAUGGAUCGCUCCCUCCUCACUCUCUUGUGGCACUGCAGUUUGGAUGCGCUGAGAGAAUUCUUUGGCAAGAUUAUAGUACAGGCUAUGGAUGUGCUUAAUUCCAGGUUUACAAAGUCCAAUGAAUAUACUUUUGAUACACAAGUCACCAAGAAAAUGGGGUAUUACAAGCUGCUCGAAGUGAUGUAUGUGCGUCUUUCAAAAGAGGAUGUUUACUCCAAGGAAUCUAAAAUUAAUCAAGCUUACCGGGGCUCCAUGAGUGUAGAAGGAAAUGAACUUACCAAGACAUUAAUAAAGUCAUGCUAUGACGCAUUUACAGAAAACAUGGCAGGAGAGAGUCAGCUGUUGGAGAAGAGGAGACAGUAUCACUGUGCAGCAUAUAAUUGUGCUAUUGCUGUUAUCAGCUGUGUCUUCACUGAAAGUAAAUUUUAUCAAGGUUUUCUUUUUACAGAAAAAUCAGAAAAGAACUUGCUGAUUUUUGAAAAUUUGAUAGACCUGAAGCGUCAAUAUACAUUUCCUGUAGAAAUUGAGGUGCCUCUGGAAAGGAAGAAGCGGUACAUUGCUAUUAGAAAAGAGGCCAGGGAUGCAGGGAAUAGUGAUCAGGAUGAACCCAAGUAUUUAGCUUCUGCAUCGUAUAUGAUGGAUAGCAGUUUGAGUGAGGAAAUGAGUCAGUUUGAUUUUUCUACUGGAGUUCAAGGUUUUUCUUACAGCUCCCAAGAUAUUACAGCUAGCAGUGCUCAUUUCAGGAGAAAGGAGCCCACAGAAUACAUGGUUUUAAAUGAUGAGAUGGAACUGGAAAUGGAUGAACUCAACCAACAUGAGUGUAUGGCUUCUAUGACCACUCUGAUUAAACAUAUGCAGAGGAACCAGAUCACACCCAAAGUAGAGGAGGGGACAAUUCCAGUAGAUCUUCCUCUUUGGAUGAAAUUUCUGCAUGGUAAAUUAGGAAACCCAUCAGUACCACUAAAUAUUCGCCUCUUCAUAGCGAAACUUAUUGUUAAUACUGAGGAUGUUUUCCGACCUUAUGCAAAGCAGUGGCUUGGUCCAUUGCUGCAGCUUGUUGUUUCUGGGAAUAAUGGAGGUGAAGGGAUUCAUUACAUGGUAGUGGAAAUCGUAGUUACUAUCCUCUCCUGGACAAGUGUAACCACUCCCAAAGGGAAUAUUAAGGAUGAGAUUUUAGCUAACAGAUUGCUUGAAUUCUUGAUGAAGAAUGCCUUUCACCAAAAAAGAGCUGUGUUCAGACACAAUCUGGAAAUCAUAAAGACAGUUAUAGAGUGUUGGAAGAACUGUCUCUCCAUACCUUACAGUUUAAUAUUUGAAAAGUUUUCUAGUGGAGACUCUGAUACAAAAGACAACUCGGUGGGAAUUCAGCUGCUGGGAAUUGUUCUUGCUAACAAUUUACCUCCCUUUGACCCAAAGUGUGAAAUAGAUCGUGUCAGGUAUUUUCAGGCUUUGACCAGCAACAUGGGCUUAUUAAAGUAUAAAGAAGUUUAUGCGGCUGCAGCAGAAGUGUUGGGACUUGCUCUUCGAUACAUUGCUGAGAGAGAAAAUGUACUUGAAGAUCCAGUUUAUGAUGGUGUCAUAAGACAAUUAAAACAUCAUCAGAACACCCAACAGGAUAAGUUUAUUCAAUGCUUGAAUAAAGUUGUUAAGAAUUUUCCACCUCUUGCUGACAGGUUUGUGAACGCAGUAUUCUUUUUGCUACCCAAACUUCAUGGUGUGAUGAAAACCUACUGUCUGGAAGUAAUAAUGUGUCGUGCAGAAGAAAUACCUGAUCUCCACUUACAGUUAAAGAGUAAAGACUUUAUCCAGAUCAUGAAUCACAGGGAUGACGAAAGGCAAAGGGUUUGUUUGGAUAUAGUGUACAAGAUGCUGUCUAAACUAAAACCACCAGAACUUAAAGAACUUCUUCCUGCAGUGACAGGGUUCAUUUCUCACCUUUCCGUAAUAUGUCGACAGCGCAUGUAUGAUAUUCUGAUGUGGAUUUAUGAUAAUUACAGUGAUCCAGAAAGCCAAGCAGAUGGUGAUUCUCAGGAAAUACUCAAACUGGCAAAAGAAAUCCUACUUCAAGGACUAAUUGAUGAGAAUGCUGAACUGCAAUUAAUUGUUAGGAAUUUUUGGAGUGACGAGACAAGGUUACCUGCAAAUACUCUUGAGCGCAUGCUGGCGUUGUUAAGUUCUUUAUAUUCCACCAAGAUUGAAACACAGUACUUGAGUCUAAUCACAAAUUUUCUGCUUGAAAUGACUAGCAAGAGCCCGGAUUAUUACAGAAAAAUAUUUGAGCAUCCGCUGUCUGAAUGCAAAUUUCAGGACUUUGUAAUUGAUUCUAGCUGGCGUUAUCGAAGUACUGUGCUCACACCUAUGUUUCUGGAGACUCAAGCUUCUCAGAGUAUCCACAGGAGUUUAUCACAAGAAAGAUCCCUUUCUGCUUCUGGGUCAAUUGGUGGUCGAGUGAGGGCUACCCAACGGCAAUAUGAAUUUACACCUACACAGCAUGUCAGUGGUAGAAGUACUUUUAAUUGGCUAACUGGAAGUAGCAUUGAUACAUUGGCAGAGUAUACAGUUCCUUCGUCCUCUGAAUCCUUGUCUUCAUCCAUGCUGUUGGUUAACAAACAGAGUGAAAAAUUUAAACAAGCAACCUUUAAACCAGUGGGGCCAGAUUUUGGGAAAAAAAGGUUGGGUUUGCCUGGAGAUGAGGUGGACAGCAAAACUAAAGGUAUAGAAGAACGAGCAGAAAUUCUAAGACUGCGGAGACGUUUCAUGAAGGACCAAGAGAAACUCAGUUUGAUUUAUGCUCGAAAAGGUGUGGCUGAACAGAAAAGAGAAAAGGAGAUGAAAUCAGAGCUGAAGAUGAAGUAUGAUGCCCAGGUUACUUUGUACAGAAGUUACCGAGUAGGAGACCUUCCUGACAUCCAGAUUGAAUACCGCAGUCUCAUUGCCCCUCUGCAGGGCCUUGCCCAGAAAGAUCCAACAUUUGCCAAGCAGCUUUUCAGCAGUUUGUUUGAUGGAAUUUUUCAUGAGGUAGAAAAAUCUAAAACUCCUUCUGAGAAAAAAGCCAUUAUCCAGAAGCUGCUGAAUGACUUCAAUAAUUUCCUGAGUAUGAGCCUGUCUUACUUCCCACCAUUCAUUGCGUGCAUCCAGGAAAUGAGUUAUCAGCACAGAGAGCUACUAGAGCUGGAUUCAUUAAAUGUGAGCACGAGCUGCCUUGCGAGCUUACAGCAGCCAGUGGGCAUCCUUCUUCUGGAGCGUGCCCUGAUGGCUCUGUCACCUGAGGAACAGCCCCCAUCCAAGCGAAUGCGUGGAAGGACAGAGCUUCCCCCAGAUGUCAUCAGAUGGAUUGAACUUGCUAAGCUCUACCGAUCUCUUGGGGAUUAUGAUGUCCUUCGCGGAAUUUUCAGUGGUAAGAUUGGGACUAAGGAAAUUACCCAGAAAGCGUUGUUGGCAGAAGCAAGGAGUGAUUACGCUGAAGCAGCUAAAUAUUAUGAUGAGGCACUGUCUAAAGAAGACUGGCAAGAUGGGGAGCCAACAGAAGCGGAGAAGGACUUCUGGGAACUUGCAUCUUUGGAAUGCUAUGACCACCUCACAGAGUGGAAGCCACUGGAGUAUUGUGCUACCAUUAAUAUCGAUAGUGGAAAACCUCCUGACCUAAGCAAAACGUGGAAUGAUCCAUUUUUUCAGGAGACAUAUCUGCCCUAUAUAAUACGCAGCAAGUUGAAGUUACUGCUCAGUGGGGAAAAUGAUCAGACUUUGCUGACUUUUAUUGAUGAGGCAAUGAAGACAGAACAGAAGAAAGCCAUUAUAGAAAUGCAUUACAGCCAAGAGCUUAGUCUCCUUUACAUCCUGCAAGAUGAUUUUGACAGAGCCAAAUAUUACAUUAGCAAUGGCAUGCAGAUCUUCAUGCAGAGCUAUUCCAGUAUUGAUACUUUGUUAUAUCAAAGUCGAAUGACCAAACUGCAGUCUGUACAAGCUUUGACAGAAAUACAGGAUUUCAUCAAUUUUAUGACCAAGAGAAGUAACUUAGCUUCACAGGCUUCCCUUAAGAGACUUCUCAGAAUUUGGACAAGCAGAUAUCCAGAUGCUAAAAUGGAUCCUAUGAACAUCUGGGAUGAUAUCAUUACAAAUCGGUGUUUCUUUCUUGACAAACUGCAGGAGAAACUUCUCUGUGAUCAGCCCAAUGAUAGUAUGGAGGUGGAUGAAGAAUAUGAUGAUGGUGAAAAAAUGGAAGUGGAUCAACAGGAUGAAGACAUUUACUCAAUGAUUAAAAGCUGCAAAUUUAACAUGAAAAUGAAGAUGAUAGAAAGUGCCAGGAAGCAGAACAGCUUCUCAGUUGCCAAGAAGCUUCUGAAAGACCUACGCAAAGAAGCCAAAACAAGGGAAGACUGGCUGGUGAGGUGGAGUUAUGCCUAUUGUCGCUUUACACAUAGUUGCAGCCGGAACCAGAGUUGUCCUGAACGAGUGCUCUCAGUGCUAAAAAACAUCUCCCUGCUUGAAGAUACCAAAUCAGACUAUCUUAGCAAGAACAUAGUGGCCUUCCGAAACCAGAAGCUUCUUCUGGGUACUACGUACCACAUCAUGGCCAAUGCUCUUAGUCAGGAUCCAAGAUGUCUUGAGAAAAUCGAGGAAGAAAAAGCUGGAAAAAUAUCAGUACUAUCAGGAGAAAGUCUUGAGAGUCCUGAAAAGAUAUUGGCGGGUCUGAACAAGCAGGCUUUUCAAUGUUUCAGCAGUGCCGCAAGGAAGUCCGAAGAGGAGGUGCAGUCCCACUCCAUGGAACAUGUAGAUGUGAUGGGAGUUAUCGACGCAUAUAUGACUCUAGUUGGUUUCUGCGACCAGCAUCUGCGUAGGGAAGAGGAAGGCUUGCUUGAAAUUAACACUGCAGAUCUGCAGCUAUUCCCAGCUAUUGUGGUGGAGAAAAUGAUAAAAGCUUUAAAACUGAACUCCAGAGAAGCCAGGCUGAGAUUUCCUAGACUGCUGCAAAUAAUUGAAAGAUAUCCAGCAGAGACAUUGGGUCUAGUGACACGAGAGCUUUCUUCAGUUCCCUGUUGGCAGUUCAUUGGUUGGAUUAGCCAGAUGAUGGCACUACUUGACAAGGAUGAAGCAGUAGCCGUGCAACAUACUGUGGAAGAGAUCGCAGAUGCCUAUCCCCAGGCAAUCAUCUACCCUUUCAUGAUCAGCAGUGAAAGUUACUAUUUCAAAGAUACCGCAACUGGUUGUAAGAACAAGGAGUUUGUAGAAAGGAUCAAGAAUAAGUUGGACAGAGGAGGAGUAGUUCAGGAUUUUGUCCACUCUCUGGAACAGCUCUCAAAUCCCAUAAUGCUUUUUAAGGAUUGGGUUGAGGAUGUCAAAAAUGAGCUGGUAAAAGCUCAGAGGAAUAAAAAUAAGCUUAAGGGAAUGUACGAAGGAAUGUACAAGAAUUUGGGAAACUUAGAGGCUCCUGGCCUUGGAUUGCUGAGGAAGAGGUUUAUUCAGGCUUUUGGGAAGGACUUGGAACAUCAUUUUGGAAAAGGUGGUUUAGAACUGUUGGAUAUGAAGGCUAGUGACUUCGAAGCGAUUGCAACUUCACUCGUCUCAAAAAUGAACAAAAACCAUAAGGAACCUGGAAACCUGAAAGAAUGUUCACCGUGGAUGAGUGAAUUCAAAGCUGAGUUCUUGAGGAGCGAACUAGAGAUUCCUGGGCAGUAUGAUGGAAAAGGGAAACCACUGCCAGAGUACCACGCAAAAAUCUCUGGAUUUGAUGAACGGAUAACUGUAAUGGAAUCCUUGAGGAAACCAAAACGUAUAACAAUCCGAGGCAGCGAUGAGCAGGAGUAUCCUUUUCUUGUCAAAGGUGGUGAAGACCUGAGACAAGACCAACGUAUUGAGCAGCUGUUUGAUGUAAUGAACAUCAUCCUUUCCCAAGAUGCUUCAUGUAGCCAAAGGAAUAUGCAGUUAAAAACUUACCAGGUCAUCCCCAUGACAACAAGACUGGGACUCAUCAAGUGGCUGGAAAAUACUUGUACUUUAAAAGAAUUCCUUAAGAAUAGCAUGUCUGAAGAGGAAGACAACUACUAUAACAGCAAUAAAGGACCUCGUGCUGCCUAUUCUGAGUGGCUGUCCAAGAUGGGGGGGAAAGCUCAAGGCAUCUCUCGAUACCAUGUUAUGUACAGAAAUGCGAGCCGUACAGAAGCAGUUAUGUCUUUCAAAAGCAGGGAAAGCAGCGUUCCAGAAGACCUGCUGCGGCGAGCCUUUGUGAAAAUGAGUACGUCUCCUGAAGCCUUCCUGUCUCUGCGGUCCCAUUUUGCCAGCUCUCAUGCACUGAUGUGCAUCAGCCACUGGAUACUUGGUAUUGGAGACAGACAUCUGUCCAACUUCAUGAUUAACAAGGAGACAGGUGGCAUGGUGGGAAUAGACUUUGGAUAUGCGUUUGGCUCAGCUACGCAGUUUUUGGGCGUGCCAGAGUUGAUGCCUUUUCGACUGACUCGCCAGUUUGUUAAUCUGAUGAUGCCGGUGAAAGAGUGGGGUCUCAUUUACAGUGUGAUGGUGCAUGCCCUAAGGGCUUACCGUGCGGAUCCAGAUCUCCUCAUCAGCACAAUGGAUGUAUUUGUAAAAGAGCCUUCUUUGGACUGGAAGAACUUUGAACAAAGACAGCUGAAAAAAGGAGGCACGUGGAUUAAGGAAAUAAACACAUCUGAAGUAAACUGGUACCCUUUGCAGAAAGUCAGCUACGUCAAAAGAAAGCUUACAGGUGCCAAUCCAGCAAGAAUCACUUGUGAUGAGCUACGCCUGGGCCACGAGAAAUCGCCUUCUUACAACGAUUUUGCAGCUGUGGCUCGUGGUAACGCUGAUCAUAAUAUCAGAGCCAAAGAGCCAGAGGACGGACUCUCAGAAGAAACCCAAGUGAGAUGCCUGAUCGAUCAAGCGACAGACCCCAACGUUCUUGGCAGAGUCUGGGAAGGAUGGGAACCCUGGAUGUGAGGCGCUGCUCUCUAGAGCCCAGUCUGCCAGGAGGAGCGUCCUCUGACACACAGCUGCAACCAAUCAGAAUUUUAAGACCAAGAAGGAAAAAAACCUCUUAACCACUUUUAUUGGUUAGCUAAAAUA